AUGGCGUCGCUGCAGAAAUUCAAGCUUCUCGCGACUCGCUGCAGCACAGUCGCGGAGAGUCCAACUCGUAGCCCGGUGAUCCACCUCCGCCGUCGUAAAACGCUGCGUAUGUUACUCACCCGAUCGACAGAUUUUCCGGAGAUCGAUGUAACCGCAAAGUCCAGAGAUAAGAAGAUCCGAUCACGGCGGAAGCUGAGAGAGCUCUUUGUCACUUCGCCGCCUCCGGUCGAAGAAAGAGAGCAUUGCGGCGGCGCAAGGGAGGAGACGGUUGAUAACGGCGUUAGUGAUGUGGAAAGGUUAACGGUUCGUCGCCGUAACGGCUUUAACGGCUUAAUGAGGCCAGUAUCUGCUACAUUUCGGUGUAGGUUAAUUCAAAGAGUUUGGCGUCCUGUUCUUGUAACUAUCCCUGAACAAUAA